CCUCGUCCUGCAAAAGGGGAUUCCUGAAACGAGCGUGAGAGAAGGAAAAGGGGAUUCCUGAAACGAGCGUAAGAGAAGGAAAAAGCUCUCUCUCUCUCUCUCUCCACCAAUGGCUGACGCUUUCUGGCGGUACGGAGACGGACGGCAACCCGGCCUCGCUCCUCCUCCUGCUGGAAAACGCCCUCGCUCCGACUUCGACAUCCCUGGCGCUCCUGAAAUGUCUAGUUUUUUCACUCAAGAAGAAAGGGGUGGACCCCGUCCAAUGAGGGAUACUGAAACCAUUGGAGCAUCCUACGAUCGUUACCUGCGUAACGGGCAACUGCCUUCAUAUGGUGCUGGAGAUCCUGUAAGGCCUGUGACUGGGGGAAUGACUGGCCAUCCUGGUGAGGAUCCACGAAUGAUGGGUCUUGGGGUGAUGGAUCCGGGUAUGGCUGCAAAAGGGCGGAACAUGGGAUUUGGAGGUGGUAGACCUGACCUGCCUCCUCUUCCUCCAGAUGCCUCCAACACCCUAUACGUGGAGGGCCUUCCUGCAAAUUGUACGCGCAGGGAAGUAUCUCAUAUCUUUCGUCCUUUUGUAGGCUUUAAAGAAGUGAGACUCGUGAGCAAGGAAUCUAAACAUGCUGGAGGAGACCCACUUGUCCUGUGCUUUGUUGAUUUCACAUCUCCCAGCCAUGCAGCAAUUGCAUUGGAUGCCUUACAAGGUUAUAAAUUCGAUGAGCAUGACCGAGACUCAGCCAUUUUACGGCUGCAAUUUGCUCGCUAUCCUGGUCCGAGGUCAGGUGGCGGGCCUCGUGGCAGGCGUUGAGUUAUGUGCUUCCUUUUUCCCCCAGGCUCAUUCGACCCUGGAGGCCUCUGAUAGUAAGGACGAUCUCAUUCGAACUGGGAGGUUUCUGAGAGUGAGGGACGAUCUGUAGGUUUUUCGCUGUCUGGUUUCUCUUUCCGCUAAGACGCUACGAACAUAGAAGUAGUGGCACUUAAUUUGUAGCUUUCGUAUCUAUUGUGGUUUUUCGUUAGAUUCAUCGUGUCUGUAGAACGGCGAAGCGAAGUGCGUGUGCUUUCAAUUACUAUGCUAAUAGUUUCUAUUGCACAACAA